CCACCACACGCCUCCUAACCCUCAUCAAUACCCUCUGCUUUCUUUCUUCCUACCCACCCUCUUCUUCAUCUGCAUCUACCUACUCCUUCUUCUUCUUCUUCUUCAUUUCUUUGCGCCAUUCAUUCAUUCACUCCGCCAUCGGAAUCAUGGCCAAGGUCUUCACGAUGCAAGAGGUUUCCCAGCACACCUCCAGGGAGGAUUGCUGGCUGCUUAUCGACGGCAAGGUUUAUGAUGUGACCAAGUUCCUGGAAGACCACCCGGGCGGGGACGAAGUCCUGUUGGCUUCAACUGGAAAGGAUGCCACCGAUGAUUUCGAGGAUAUCGGACACAGCGAUUCUGCAAAGGCUUCGAUGGAAGAGUUCUACAUUGGUGACAUUAAUGCAUCGAGCAUUCCAUCGAAGAAGUCGUACGUCCCUCCCAAACAGCCUCUCUACAACCAGGAUAAAACGUCCGAGUUCAUCGUCAAGCUCCUCCAGUUCUUGGUUCCUUUGAUCAUUUUGGGCGUCGCAGUCGGCAUUCGCUUCUACACCAAAGCUGCAAUCGCCUGAAGGGGUUUCGUCUAAUUGUAUCGUGGUCGUCGUCAGAUUCAUCGACAUUGGCAAUAAUUCAGUUUGGCUAUUGUUCUGCGGAAGCAUUGUGAUGUAGUAGUACUUUCUUGGUUUUGUUUAUCUGAAACUUAAAGCCAAAAAAAGAAAUAUUUAUGUCAAGGAUUUCUUGGAUUGAACUUUGAAGCCGGUUGAUAUAUUGUUUUUUAAUGGUAGGAUGUGUUUGAUA